GCGUCCCGUGAGGGGCCGGGCCGGCGGAGAGCUCGUCCUGCGGCCGCGCCAUGGGCCCAGUUAAACUGAACAUGUUGCCUCAAGCGGUCCUCCAAAGCCCAGGGGAACAUCCCAAGUUUAUAGAGCAGCCUCUUUGCCCCCCAUUAGAGUUUGCAAGGAUUCAUUUGAUCAAAGACAAAGAUGCCAUAGAUGAUUAUUUGGCGAAGAAUAUCAAAGGGGUGUCAAAACAAGAAGCUGCUGCUUACAGGAAUUCAUACAAGAAGAACAUCUGCAUAGACAUGCUGCGCCAGGGUUAUCACAAGUCCUUCUCUGAGCUCUUCACUCUGAUCCAGAAGUGGAAUGCCUUGAGGGAGGCUGCAGGGCCUGGGUCAGCCAUAUGGCAUGAGAAGUCCCUGGAGGAGCAGCCUGAUAAGCUGGAUCAGCUUUACCACUUCCUGACCGGGGCUGAGGCAGCCCGGCGAGCAGGGCACUAUGAGAAGGUCUAUGAUAACCAGCUUAGCUUGGCCUGCUUUUUCAAUGAACCUGAGGACAAAUGGUUAAGUCACUACUUUUAUGAGCAAAGCUAUAACACGGCUCAGUUAGUAGAAAUUGAUGGUGGGAAGAGAAAGGCACAAGCAUGUGUGAACAUGGGCCUCAUUGAAGAGGAAGAAGGUCACAUCGCGAAAGCUGCUGAGCAUUUUGAAGCAUUUUAUCAGCUAACAGAGGGCUCAUCAUGGAAGGAUGAGACAGGCCGCACUUAUGCUUCACUGGCAUGUCAGCAUCUCUGGAGAAUUUAUACAUUGCUAGCAGACAAAAUGCUAGAAAAUAAAGAACACCAAGAGGCCAUCAAAACGCUAAUAAAAGCUUUAAGGAUGGCAAAAGAAGGAGGUGAUAUAAAGAUGCAUGGAGAAGCAGCCUAUUGCUUAAGUCUAGCAUAUCAUUUUUCUGGAGAACAUGAGAGAGCAUUAGCAGUUUUGAACACCUCUGUAGAAAUCUUCACAAACCUUUGUGAUUCUGCUGGCCUGGGCAGAGCAUAUGCAGCUGUAGCCCAGAUCCUGGCAAGUCAGGGAAAAUCAAAUGAGGCUGUGAAGUACUUGGGAGAAUUUAUGAAGAAUGCUGAGAGCGCUAAUCUAAGCCAAAGCCUGGUGGAUGCAAAUGUCCUACUUGGAAAAGUGCACAAUGAAAGAGGGAACUAUAACAAAGCUCUGGAACAUUUCAGUCAGGCCUCCGAGGCAGCAAAAUCUCUGAACAAUUUGCCCUUGGUGGCUGAAACAGAUAGUUACUGUGGCAUCGCCAAGGCUCAUCAGCUGAUGGUGGCGUUCAACAGCCACGUAGCAGCAGCGGCGGAUCCGCUCAGCCUGCAGUGCCUGCUGGCAUGGAAGCAAAACAGAAGUGACAUGUGCACUGACCCUCUUACAGCCGACCCUCAUAAGGAAACAAGUGCCUCAAAGCCUCUGUGAGCCUCUGUCCAAGACUUUAGAUCUUCCUGAGGAUGCCUGCUUAUUGACUCAGAAGCUGAAGUAUGAUGACUGCAGGAAGAUCCUUGAAGAGCAGUGUAACAAAGUAGGAAUUUCAGCAAGGGUUUUGCCAUUAAAAUGCUAUUAUCAAAAAAAAA